CCGCGGGAGCAGAGGGAGGGCAGGGCCGGGCGGGGCAGGCGGCCGCCUCCAGGAGUGCAGCCCGGCCCAGCCCGGCCUCUCCUCUCCCCCCGGGACGGCGACGGACGGGGCGCCCGCGGCCGGGCUGCAUGGGGCUCCCGCGCGGCCGGCUCUUCUGGCUGCUGCUCCUGCUCGCGGCCGCCUGCUCCGGGAUCCUGCUCGCCCUGUACUCCUCGGCGGUGGAGCCGUACCCGGGGCCCCGCUCCAGAGCCAGGAACACCACAUCACCUGAAGCAUUCUUUCGAUUCAAGACAUCGAAUUCUGGUGCAGGAAAGAGCUGGCCCUGCCCACGCCCUCUACAUCUUGCCAUCCAGCGGCACCACCACUUUCGGGACGUGUUCAAUCUCUCCACUCCAGUGCUGCUGUCAGGGCCUCUCUUCACCCAGGACCUCUGGGACAGCCUGAGCCAGCACAAAGCCCCCUACGGCUGGCAGGGGCUCUCGCGCCAAGCCAUCACCUCCACCCUGAGCCUCCUGAACAGCUCUGAGAGCGCCCAGCUGUUUGCGGCUUCCAGGCCGCCACUUCGGGGCUGCAUUCGGUGUGCGGUGGUGGGUAACGGAGGCAUUCUGAAUGGUUCCGGCCAGGGUUUGAACAUCGAUGCCCAUGACUAUGUGUUCAGACUCAAUGGUGCUGUGAUGAAAGGCUUUGAGAAUGAUGUGGGUACCAAGAUCUCCUUCUACGGUUUCACUGUGAAUACGAUGAAGAACUCCCUCAUCUCCUACUGGAACCUCGGCUUCACCUCUGUGCCACAAGGACAGGACCUGCGUUACAUCUUCAUCCCCUCAGACAUCCGUGACUAUGUGAUGCUGAGGUCAGCCAUUCUCGGUGAGCCCGUCCCAGAGGGCCCUGAUAAAGGGGACAGGCCUCAGACCUAUUUUGGACCAGAAGCCUCUGCCAGUAAAUUCAAGCUUCUACAUCCAGACUUCGUCAGCUACCUGACAGAGAGGUUUUUGAAAUCAAAGUUGAUUAACACAAAUUUUCGAGACCUAUAUAUGCCUAGCACUGGGGCCCUCAUGCUGCUAACAGCUUUGCAUACCUGUGAUCAGGUUAGUGCCUAUGGAUUUAUCACAGAGAACUACUGGAAAUUCUCGGACCACUAUUUUGAGCGAGUAAAGCAGCCACUCAUAUUCUAUGCAAACCACGAUCUGCCCCUAGAAGCUACCUUGUGGAAGAACCUGCACGCGGCUGGCAUUCUCCAGCUGUACCAGCGCUGACCCUGAAGCACCCAAGCCCUUUGCUCUGGCAGAACUGUGGCCCUCAUCCCCUCAAACGGCCAAAGCUGCCUGUCAACCCUUAGGGGCUCCAACUCCCCUCAACCCACUCCUUCCCUCCAGAUGACUACGAGGAGGAUUUGUGGCUGUCACUGAAGCCUGUCCAUUGUGGGACACCCCAUCUUCUCCAUGGCCCAUUGAAGAAAAUUCUUCUGUGUUUAAGAUGGAUAUCCCAACCUUGGUCAAGGAAAAAUGGACUGCUCUGCUGGGUGUUUCAAAACUGAAGAAAACACUCCCUAGAUGAGAUCAUGACCUGUACCAGCGAAGGGCAGGUAUACUUCCAAGCUAAGUAUCUCAAAGCCAGCAGCUGGAACCGAGGGACUUCAGAAGUCCAUGGAGAGACUCAAGACCCUUUGGUUAACUGACAUCAAGCAGCAGAACAGGCAAGCACACUCCGCAGCCAAAAUCCUCCCACUACCAUGUCCAGUACAAACUCCAAAGCUAAUUCAACUCAAGGACACAACCACUCUGUGAACAUGACCAACUUCUGCCCGACAAAGUGGGAGCACAACAGGCAGAAGGUAAUUUGAAACUUAACUGCAUAAAUGACAGUGACCAUUUUGUUUGCAUUGGGAUAGUACACCACACAGGGUGGCUAGUGUGGCAGGAAUGUUCUGGUAUUUGAUGGGUCAACUGCACAGAAGGAUGCCUCUGAGGGAAGUCCUAUCAGAGAUGUAUUACCUUGUCACCAAAAGGAUGUCACCAGGUAAUGAACCCUCAGCCUCACACCAUGGCUUCAAUUUGGACUUAGUUGAUAGGCAGUUUCAUCUUUGACAAGAUUAUAUAGACUCUAUUAGAAAUGUAAGAAGUCUCAACCAACCAAGUCAUCCUCAUACAGCCCAUAAGCCUGGGAUUCAGUGUUCCAAGUAGUGUGGACUGGGCCACACAGUCUCAUGUGCUACAUCAUACAAGAGAAAGGUGGGUGCCUCCACAGGCUGGCUGGCAAGAAGCUUCCCAGGGGAGCACCAGGGGAGCAUCUAUUAAGGUCGGUCUAUUCAUCAAGGCCCAGGACCUGGUCUCUGGUUCUGUGGUUUAGAAGGCUGAUCCUGUUCAACAUGAUUAACAAGAGGGACGAACUCUGUCACCAGAAUCAAAGUACUGCUAUAGAAAUUCAGAGGCAGGUGGUAAAAAUGGACAUUUG